AUGCUUCUUGCUUGCCCCGGAUUCACCAUUUGACUGCUUUUCCGCGUCACCGGAUCUUUUGCGCUGGAGCGAUUAGGGGUACCCGGGACAAUGUCGUCCUUGAGUAGGGAAUUGGUGUUUUUAAUUUUGCAAUUCCUGGACGAGGAGAAGUUCAAGGAAACGGUUCACAAGCUAGAGCAAGAGUCCGGAUUUUUCUUUAACAUGAAGCACUUUGAAGACCAAGUCCAGGCAGGUGAGUGGGACGAAGUUGAGCGCUACCUAUCCGGGUUUACCAAGGUUGAAGACAACCGUUACUCCAUGAAGAUUUUCUUUGAAAUAAGGAAACAAAAAUAUCUGGAAGCUCUUGAUAGGCAAGAUCGAGCCAAGGCUGUUGAGAUUCUAGUCAAGGACCUAAAGGUUUUCGCUUCUUUCAAUGAAGAUUUAUUCAAGGAGAUCACUCAGUUGCUUACUCUAGAUAACUUCAGGCAAAAUGAGCAGCUGUCAAAGUAUGGAGACACCAAAUCAGCUCGGAAUAUUAUGCUUAUAGAACUUAAAAAGCUUAUCGAGGCAAAUCCUCUUUUUCGUGACAAACUUACUUUUCCCGCCUUCAAAAGUUCAAGGCUUAGGACCCUGAUAAAUCAAAGUUUAAACUGGCAACAUCAACUUUGCAAGAAUCCUCGUCCAAAUCCUGACAUCAAAACUCUUUUUACUGAUCAUUCAUGUAAUCCUACUACAAAUGGUGCUAGACCUCCUCCUCCUACCAAUAGCCCUCUGGUGGGACCAAUUCCUAAAGCUGGAGCUUUCCCACCCAUAGGUGCUCACAGUCCAUUUCAGCCUGUUGUCUCCCCGUCUCCUGGUGCUAUAGCUGGGUGGAUGUCAGGUGCUUCUAUGCCUCAUCAUACGGUAGCAGCUGUCCCCCCUGGUCUCGUGCAGCCCUCUGGUGCAGCUGCAUUCUUAAAACACCCAAGAACCCCCACCGGUGUAACGGGUAUGGAUUAUCAGUCAGCAGAAUCGGAGCACUUGAUGAAGCGCAUCAGAACAGGCCAGUCGGAUGAGGCAUCCUUUUCAGGGGUGACGCAUACUCCAAAUGUUUACUCACAAGACGACCUCCCCAAGACCGUUGUGCGGACCCUCAAUCAAGGAUCUAAUGUCAUGAGCAUGGACUUCCAUCCGCAGCAACAAACUAUACUUUUAGUUGGGACAAAUGUUGGCGAUAUCAGCCUUUGGGAAGUCGGGUCACGGGAUAGGUUGGCACAUAAGCCUUUCAAGGUUUGGGAUCUGGCAGCUUCGAUGCCUUUGCAGACAGCAUUGUUGAAUGAUGCUGCAAUAUCAGUGAACAGGUGUGUUUGGGGGCCAGAUGGACUGAUUCUAGGCGUUGCGUUUUCUAAGCAUAUCGUUCAGAUAUACACUUACAAUCCAACUGGAGAACUGAGACAACACUUGGAAAUCGAUGCUCACACCGGUGGCGUAAAUGACAUUGCAUUUGCUCAUCCCAACAAGCUGUUGUCCAUUGUGACCUGCGGUGAUGAUAAGACAAUUAAGGUAUGGGAUGCUGCAGCGGGACGCAAGCAGUACACUUUUGAAGGGCAUGAAGCUCCAGUAUAUUCAGUCUGCCCACAUUACAAGGAAAAUAUUCAGUUUAUUUUCUCCACUGCCAUUGAUGGGAAGAUAAAAGCUUGGCUGUAUGAUUGCCAGGGAUCUAGAGUGGACUAUGAUGCUCCCGGUCGAUGGUGCACCAUGAUGGCUUAUAGUGCGGAUGGAACAAGGCUGUUUUCAUGUGGAACCAGUAAAGAGGGUGAUUCCCAUUUGGUCGAGUGGAACGAGACCGAGGGUGCUAUAAAGAGGACAUAUUCAGGUUUCAGGAAGCGUUCCUUAGGUGUUGUCCAGUUUGACACAACAAGGAAUCGUUUCCUAGCUGCUGGAGAUGAAUUUCUAAUUAAAUUCUGGGAUAUGGAUAAUGCCGGCAUGUUGACGGCUGUUGAUGCAGAUGGCGGGUUGCCUGCUAGCCCAAGACUUAGAUUUAAUAAGGAGGGUUCUUUGUUAGCUGUCACAACAAGUGAUAAUGGCAUCAAAGUUUUGGCUAAUACGGAUGGUAUGCGCUUGAUAAGGAUGCUCGAGAGCAGGGCUUUUGAGAAAAAUCGAGCCCCUCCUCCUGAUAAUUCUAAGUCCUUGGUUAUAAAUACUCUCGGCCCUGCGGGUAGUGUCUCUGCUUCAAUUGCUUCAACUCCUGAACGACCUGACAGAGCCCUGCCUGUUGUAUCUAUCAACAAUAUAGGAACAAUGGAUAGCAGCAGGCUCGUUGAUGUGAAACCUCGAAUUCCUGAUGAUGUCGACAAGAUCAAAAGUUGGAAAAUUCCAGAUGUGGUAGAUUCAUCUCAACUGAAAGCUGUGCGAUUGCCUGACUCAGUAUCUACAGGAAAGGUUGUACGCCUUAUCUACACCAACUCUGGUCUAGCUCUGCUGGCUCUUGGCUCCAAUGCAGUCCAUAAGCUUUGGAAAUGGCAGCGCAGCGAAAGGAAUCCUUUGUUAAAGGCUACGGCCCAUAUUAUACCACAGUUAUGGCAGCCUCCUAGUGGGACUCUCAUGACAAAUGAUGUCAGUGACAGUAAACCAGCAGAAGAUUCUGCUGCAUGCAUUGCUUUAUCUAAAAAUGACUCUUACGUAAUGUCUGCGUCUGGUGGGAAGAUUUCGUUGUUCAACAUGAUGACAUUUAAGGUUAUGACAACAUUUAUGCCACCUCCUCCUGCAGCCACUUUUUUGGCAUUUCAUCCACAAGACAAUAAUAUAAUUGCAAUAGGCAUGGAGGAUUCCACCAUUCAAAUUUACAAUGUCAGGGUUGAUGAGGUCAAAACCAAACUCAAGGGACAUCAGAAUCGGAUAACAGGGCUUGCAUUCUCUCAAAAUUUGAAUGCACUGGUCUCUUCGGGAGCUGAUGCGCAGUUAUGUCUGUGGAGCAUUGAUGGAUGGGAAAAGAAGAAAAGUAGGCCCCUACAACCAUCCCCUGGUCAUCAAUCCCCACUUGUUGGAGAUACCAAAGUCCAGUUUCAUAAUGAUCAAUUACAUGUGCUGGUUGUCCAUGAAAACAUAAUAGCUGUGUAUGACAGCAAGCUUGAAUGUUUACGUUCGUGGUCUCCAAAAGAUAAUCUCAGUGCCCUCAUUUCGAGUGCAAUAUAUUCCUGUGACGGCUUGCUGUUAUACACUGCAUUUUGUGAUGGUGCUAUUGGAGUUUUCGAUGCCGACAGCUUAAGAUUGAGGUGUCGAAUUGCCCCCUCUGCAUACAUAAGUGGUUUUUCUGUCGGCGGUGCUUCUGCCUAUCCAUUUGUUAUUGCUGCUCAUCCAUCAGAGGCAAAUCAGAUUGCUCUCGGCAUGAGCGACAGUGCAGUUUAUGUGGUCGAGCCAUCUGAAGUCGAAGCGAAGUGGAUCGGGGGAGGUACUUCCUCACAGGACAAUGGAUCGCAUCCCUCGAAUUCAUCGAACCAUUCACUUAGCGGCCAACCAUCGGAGAUUCCUUCGAGGUGACCUGUAGAUGAGCGAGUGUCUAGGAAGUGUAUUUAGGGACUAUCUAAUGGGAUUAUUAGGGAAGCAGUUAAAAAAUUUUUUUGGCCCAUCUUAUGAUGAUGUUCAGGUAAUCAUUAACGCGUUAUAUGUAUUCGUUGUAAAUCUUUAGCAUGUCCCAUAAUUAUUCUUACAAAGAAUCCCGGUUAA